GGCCCGCAGUGCGACCGCUGCCGCCCGGGGACCUUCGGGCUGUCGGCCGACGACCCGGCCGGCUGCGCUCGCUGCGUGUGCUCGGGCGUCAGCGACUCCUGUGACUCGGCCGCCGUGCCGCUCGGAGAGGAGACGUCGCUGGAGGGCUGGCUGCUGACGGACCUGACGGCUUCGCGCACCACGACGCCGUCCAACGGCACGGGCGGGCGGCUGUCGGUGGGCGCGGGCGAGCUGCCCGGCGCGGAGGCGCUCUUCUGGCUGGCGCCGGCCGCGUGGGGCGGCGCGCGCCUGCACGCCUACGGCCGCAACAUCUCCUUCUCCGCGGCGUGGGCCGCCAUGCGCGGCGACACCAGCGGCAAGCCCACCGUCGGGCCCAACGUCGUGCUCGUG